CGAGCGAGCGCGAGGAGGUGCCGGGAGUCGCCCGGGUCUCGUCCCGCCCCGCCCUCUGGCCGUCCGUGCAAACGCGGGUUCCCCCUGAUGGCAUUCGCUGCUGCGUCCCAAUAAGAACUUCUGUCUCUCGUGGGAUUUGCUCGAGCGUGACAAGAGUCGCGGGGGUGGUUUUGUUUUCUUUUAUUUCUUUUUGAAUGGUCAGUCGGAGGAAAACCCGAACGUGGUCUGUUCCAUCACAUCCAUAUCCAUGUCUUGAAGCAAGAAAUUAAAACAAAAUUGGAUGAUUUAAGGAAGAUUGGACUUUAAUGUAAGUUUAGUGUUGAGGAAGCGCUGACGUCAUGGAGGAGGAAGAUAGCCUGAAGUUCCGCUCGCAGCUUCUCGAAGUUGAUGCCAAUCUUGGGAAGGACGAUGUGGAUGCUCUGAAAUUUCUCUGCAGUGAUUUAAUUGCCUUUAAAAGGCUAGAAACAGUGAUGUCGGCACAGGACAUUUUUGAGCUGCUCAUCAGUAAAGACUUAGUCAAUAAGGAGGACAUGUUUCUCAUCGCAGAGCUUCUCUACCUAAUUAAGCACAACUCUCUGCUGCAUAUCCUUGGCUUUACCAAAGAGGAUGUUCAGAACAAGCUUCCUCAGAGAAGGAUGGUGUCUGAGUAUCGAGAGAUGCUGUAUUACAUAUCUGAACAGUUUACUGAAGAGAAUGUGAGGAUUGCCACAUUCCUUCUGAGGGAACACCUUCCAAAGAAGCUGUCUCCUGCAUCUGCUCUGGAACUGUUGACUUCCUUAGAGAAACAAGACCUCCUGGGUACAAACAACUUGGAGAUGUUGGAAAGACUCUGUGAAAAAAUAUCACCCGAUCUCCUGAAGAAUGUGAAUAGAUACAAAGAAAGAGCAGGUUCUUACCAUGGUGAAUUUCAGAACCUAAAUGUACAGGAGCACAUUAUGCAUUCUCUACCUGGAAAUCAAGAUGUCAAAGCAGGAAACAUGUUUGACACCUCUGAACGCAGCUUGCAACAGCCUCCGGGAAACCAUGAAUGCAAACUAGAGAAGUCAGCUCUCUAUAAAAUGGAUGGGCCACACAGGGGAUGCUGCCUCAUUUUUAAUAAUAUGAACUUUGAGGGAUCACUCCAGGACAAGAGGAGGAAUGGAUCUGAGAUAGAUGCCAUGGAACUGGAACGUGUAUUUACAUGGCUUGGGCUAGAAGUGACGACCUAUAAGGACCAGACGGCCAAAGGGAUGGAAGAACUUUUAAAGCAGUGGCAAUCCUCUGACUGCUUGAAGGACAGGGAUUGUCUGGUGUGCUGCAUUCUGUCUCACGGGGAGUCUGGAUUGAUUUUUGGAACAGAUGAACAGAAAAUUUCAAUCCGUGCCAUCAUGUCGUACUUCACCGCCAACCGGUGUCCCUUCCUGGCAAAAAAACCCAAACUGUUCUUCAUCCAAGCGUGCCAGGGUGAAAAGAUACAGGCACCCUUCUUCCUUGACACAGACAACAACAGUCCUGCCACACUUGGAGCAGAUGCACAAGCUUCAGGAUUUGUCCCCACAAUGAGUAUUCCAGCAGAAGCAGAUUUUCUCCUUGGCAUGGCCACGGUGGAUGGUUAUCUCUCUUUCCGUCACAUUUAUCAGGGCUCCUGGUACAUUCAGUCUCUCUGUAAGAAGCUGCGGGAUCUGGUGCCAAGAGGUGAAGACAUCUUGUCCAUUCUGACAGCAGUCAAUGCAGAUGUGAGCCAACGUGCAGCUGCUCAGGGGCAGAAGAAACAGAUGCCACAGCCAGCAUACACCCUUAGGAAAAAACUGAUAUUCCCUGUGCCUUAAAAACCCUUUUUCGCCAACACAACUUGGUGGCUGCCAUCUACAUUUGACACGAACCCCACAGCUUCUCUGUGUGAGUGAUGCUUCAGGCGCUACCUAUUUACCAUGAUGGAUUUUCUUCAGCUCCUUGUGCCUGCUGUGUCUUGACCUCGCCUAUUAGUCAUGGUAGCUGAAAAGAACCUCCAGCUGCAGGGGUGGUGUGCUUUUGAAAUGAUUGCCAAGCACCAGGAGGGAAGAGCAUCCUUCCAUGUCCUGCCCGUGAUCUUCCAGAGGCACCUGUGUAACCCUUGUUCAGAACAGAAUCUUGCUCUCAAUGGCUUUUGCUUGGAUCCUGCUGUUGCUGCUCCUCUGAAGGAAUGGGGAGGGGGAGAGGCGUUUUACACUGCAUACUCUCAAGAAAGUCUUAGCAAUUAAUGUCAUUAUGCUGUUUGUUUUAAGGAAAAAAAGAAUAGGAACACUACCUGGUUCUAAUCUGUGGGCUGUAUUUCUGGCAGACAGUAUAAUGGAACAGAAGUGUUACCGUAUUUUUCGCUCCAUAAGACGCACCUCUCCAUAAGACGCACCAAAUUUUAAGGAGAAGAAAA